AUGACUUUACUACCACACUCGCUGCUUUUCACGGCAUCCGCCGUUAUCCUCACAUUGCCGGAUAUGGUAUUGGGGCUUACGACAGACCUUCAGAACGUCCUCCAGAAUACCCAUAGAAGUCAAGAGUAUGGAUAUCCUACGGAUUUUACCAGGGGCAUUGUACCUUUCAUUCUCACAAUGAUUAUUGGAGGGAUGUGCCUUUCUACACUGGUAAGGAAGGAUUCUGAUUAUUUCGCAUUGUAUGCAUGGUUUUUGUCUGAUCUCCUUGAAGGUCUUUCAAAAGGUUGCAUCUCAACGGAGGCAGAUGUCUGGCUGUACAACGGUACCCUCUAUGUCGGUCAUGACGAGUCUUCUCUAACAGAAGAGCGAACCCUGGAAUCAUUAUACAUCAAUCCAAUGCUCGAUGUUCUCAAGCGCCAAAAUCCUCGGUCGCGUUUUGUGACGUCUCCCACUAACAAUGGCGUGUUCGAUACCUCAGUCUCCCAAACGCUUUACUUCUUCAUCGAUGCAAAGACCGCUGGACAUGAGACCUUCAAAGCUGUGAUUGAUGCUUUGGAACCACUCCGCGAACAGGGUUAUUUGACAACUCUGAAGGAUAACAAGACCAUCACCAACGGACCCAUUACCGUGAUUGGCACCGGAAACACGCCCUACGACAUGGUUGGGCCCAUCGCAAAUCGGGACUACUUCUUUGAUGCUCACCUCGAGUCCUUGAAUGAGUCUGAGAAUGCCGGGAUCACAGGGCUGAUCUCUCCCAUCGCGUCUACAAGCUUUGCGGACGCCAUCGGCACAGUUACACUGAGUGAUUCUGAGGCGGUAUUGACAGAAAAGCAGCUCAGCACUCUCCGCUCGCAAAUCGCAACCGCAAAGGAAAGGGGCGUUGGAGCCAGAUACUGGGAGACGCCCAGUUAUCCGGUCAGGACCCGUAAUUUGGUCUGGAGGACUCUGCUUCAAGAGGGUGUUGCGCUCUUGAAUGCCGAUGACCUCGACGCUGCGGCAAAUUAUUUCUGA